AUGGCUGAGGAAAGGACCCAAGAGAUACUAUAUACCAUUCAACCCACUUUCGCUUCUGAGCAGAAACGGAAGGAAGUCAUCGGUUAUAUUCAGAGUUUAAUUAAGGGUCAUUUUGCAGUUGAGGUCUUUCCAUUUGGUUCAGUCCCACUGAAAACCUAUCUUCCAGAUGGAGAUAUUGAUCUGAUGACCCUCAGCCAUCAAAGCAUGGAGGAAGAUUUGGCCAGGGAUGUCUGCACUCUCCUCCAAUGUGAAGAGCAGGACCCUGAGUUCCAAGUAAAUGAUGUCCAAUAUAUUCAAGCUCAGGUUAAGGUCAUAAAAUGUUCGGUGAAGAAUAUUGCCGUUGACAUCUCUUUCAAUCGAAUGGGAGGUCCCUCUGCCUUGUGCUUUUUAGAGCAGGUUGACCAACUUAUUGGGCGAGAUCAUCUUUUCAAACGCAGCAUUAUCUUGAUCAAAGCAUGGUGUUUUUAUGAGAGCCGAAUUCUCGGUGCACACCAUGGCUUGAUCUCGACAUAUGCAUUACAAAUAUUGGUUUUGAAUAUCAUUAAUAAUUUCCAUUCAUCUCUACCUGGUCCUUUAGCAGUCCUCUACAAAUUUUUGGACUAUUAUAGUGCCUUUGAUUGGGAAAACUAUUGUGCCAGUAUAAAUGGCCCCAUUCCCUUAUCAUCCUUCCCACAAAUGGAGUCAACAGAUAACAAUUGGAAUGAGUUGCUUCUCAGUCAGGAGUUUCUGAGGAACUUUAAAGAUACGUUUGCAUUUCUGAUGAAUGAACUCGAGACUGAUGCCCAUGAAUUUCCCAUUAAGCAUCUCAACAUAGUGGAUCCUCUAAAGAGGAGCAACAACUUAGGACGUAGUGUUAACAAAGGCAAUUUUCAUCGAAUAAGAGGCGCCCUAUCUUAUGGGGCUCAAAGGCUUGCAGAAAUAAUUGCGUUGCCAGGAGAAGUAAUGGGUGCUAGACUUGAUAAGUUCUUUUCGAACACUUUGGAAAGAAAUGGUAAGGGUCAAAGGCCAGAUGCAGAUGUUCCUGUCCCUGCAUUUGGUACUGGAAGAUCUGAGGCAUCUGAUCUCAGUGGAGACUGUGACAAGUAUUACAGUGGUCUUCUACAUGGCCAGUGCUAUCACAAUUAUGCCCUGCCAGUACCUCAGCCUAGUCCUCCAUCACCACCUUCACAAAUCAAGCAGACAGGUGCUAGGGAUGUGCUGCCUCAGUUGCUGCGAAACAAGCAAAAUGUUUUUGCUCAAAGAGGCACAGAUGUGUUUUUACCAAGGCCGCAAUGUCAUCCUUAUGCUUCACAACUACAAGGGGCUACUUCUGGUGUUGAUACAGCGAGGAAGUCAAGAGGAACUGGCACAUACAUCCCUGACAUGUGCCAUAAUCGUUACAAAGAUUUGCUACUAUGGAUGACAAUGAGCAAUCCAGAUUCUACUUAUAGACCACUGUUGCAAUCCCCUAGAAAGACUAACCAGGCUGAAGAGUCCCCACAGACAGAGAAGAGUGGGAAUGGCAACUGCCUUGAUAUUUCGCCAGAUGAAAUCUCACCAGAGACAGAGAAGAGUGAGAACGACAGCUGCCUCGAUCUCUCACUAGAUCAAUUCCCACUUCUUCCUUGCAGUAAGAAUUCCUUGUCAUCAGAAAUCCAUCAGUCAUAUCAAACCAUCCCUGAGGCAUGCCAGGCCAAGUAUUGUCCUGCCAGCUUAGGCAAUAUUCAGUUUAGAUACUUACAGAGUUCACCAUCACCGCCAGGACUGCCUUCAUCAGUGGCCAAGGAGCAAGCAGAUUCUGGAGUUUCAACCGCUAUAAAUAGAAUGCCAGCUGUCUCGAGAGUAGAAAUGCAGAAGCAACGAGGGUUCUUGGAGAGUGCUGAGAAAAUGGUUCAUGGACUACACUAUCAGUUGAAGAAUGAUAUAGACUUCCCCCUCUCUGACCGCCAGUGCACGCACAGGAGGAGAUUAGGUAAAAGAGUGGAAGUACAGUUCAACAAAAAUGGUGAUACCUAA